UAAAAAUUGUAACGAUUGAACACAGUUUUACAGCUUCGGAAGAUAAUUAAGGCACAUUGUGUGCCUCUGUUCCAUACAGAAUUCAUAUUGGAGAUAAAUGAAGAGAAAAAUUUAUAUCGAUUGUUCGUUUAGCUCACAAGGAGAAAAUUUAAAUCGAAGUGAAAAGUUGUACAUACAAUUGUACAUAGAAUUUUUAAUCAGAGCGGUACUAAGGUUAAAAAUAUUAAAAAUUCUUGCGUGACCGAUUUGAUAGCUAAAUGUUUUCGUCAAGGACAUUGCAAUAUUCUUGAAUUUUUUUUCCUUCACAAACUUAUCCGUUUUGUUGCUAUACUAAACUGAUUUGGAUUUGCGCAAGCCCUCCCUUAUCCAGUUUCUUUUUUUUUCGUCAUUUAUUACUCGACAAAAGAAAAUAAGGCUAAAAAUAACAUUCGAGUUCAGUAUUUUCGAUCGUGAUAGAUAUUUUUCAUAAACAAACGAUUUUGUUUUAUUUCGGAGAAGAAUAUUGAAGAUCAUACGAUGAUGCUCGUGAAAUAGUGAGAGAUAAGAGAAGACUUUUACUGUUUGAAUUGUUAAGUCGAGGUAUUCACGCGUUGUUUUUGGUCAUUUACUUUGGUGUCAUUGUGUAAUUAAUUUCAAAUAAACAUCAAAAAAAAUAAAUCAAAUCGAAAUAAAAUAUAAAGAAGAAAAUAAAAUGAAAUUUCUUGUAAUAUUUUUGGCAUUGGUGUAUCUUGUGAAUACUUCAGAAGGAUACAUGUGUUACGAAUGUAAUUCUCAAUAUGACAAGAACUGCUUUGAUUUCAACCCAAAUUUUAGCUACUUCAAAGCAGCACCAUGUGAUCCUGAAGGAAAUGGUUCAGAAACUUGCUACGCUGUGCAAAUCUCAGAUCGAAAAGUUCGUCGCAUGUAUCGCGGGUGUCAAAAAACUGGGAUAUGUGAAGACUAUGAAGAGCAGGAACGAGAAAACGUUCACUUCAAAAUGUUGUCAUGUGGCGAAUGUAAAGAAGCUUUCUGCAAUUCGAGUCCUGACACAAACGAACGAUUAAAAUCCGUUUUUAUUUUAAUGACAUUUUCAAUUUUCGUUUCAAUAUUUUUUAACUAAAGAAAACUGAAUAAACAUAAACGGCCAUGGUGGAAAGUAAAAUGUUCGUUUAUUACCUUUUACUGCUACUAGAACGUCUA